AACCACAGCCCUCUUCAACCCCAACCUCUCCAGACAAAUUCACAAAACAGAGAAUAUGUUAAGAACCUGGUUCCGCAAUGCCUACAACAAGGCCCUCCCUAAGCCGCCGGCAAACCAAAAGUUUGGACUACUGGACGGCCAUCCUGCGGCUCAGCAACAUGCACAGGAAGCCAUGGAAGCCCAUACCAAAUUUAAAUCCAAUCAAAAGGAGUUCAGAGUGUAUCGGUGGAGUCCUGAGCAUCCCAACCACAAGCCUUUCCUUCAGUCUUUCUUCAUUGAUCUCUCUAAAUGUGGCUCAAUGGUAUUAGAUGCCUUACAGAAGAUAAAAGCAGAGGAAGACUCAAGCUUGAGCUACAGAAGGUCUUGUAGGGAAGGUAUAUGCGGAUCAUGUGCUAUGAACAUCGAUGGAGCCAACACUGUGGCUUGCCUCAAACCUAUUGAUACUGACACUUCCAAACCCACCAUUAUAACGCCCCUUCCCCAUAUGUUUGUCAUCAAAGAUCUUGCUGUUGAUCUCACUAAUUUCUAUCAGCAAUACAAGUCGAUCGAGCCAUGGUUGAAGACCAAAAGGUUGCCGAAGGAUGGGCGAGAGUUCAGGCAAUCUCCAGCGGAGAGGAGGAAGCUGGAUGGGUUGUAUGAGUGUAUUCUGUGCGCUUGUUGCAGUGCUUCAUGCCCUCCAUAUUGGUGGAAUCCAGAGGAGUUUCUUGGCCCUGCUGCCUUGCUACACGCCUGUCGAUGGAUCUCUGAUAGUCGAGACGAGUUCGAGAAGGAACGACUGCAAGCAAUAGCUGAAGACAAGACGAAGCUGUAUAGAUGUAGAACUGUACAGAAUUGCACAGCCAACUGCCCCAAAAGCCUUGAUCCUUCCGGUGCCAUUCACCACAUGAAGGCUAUGCAUUUGCUCUCAAAGGACAACAAUUAGCUAUGUUUUUCUCUGUUUUUCGUGUUAUCUUUCAAUCUUAAUCUUAAAAGGAAAUCAAUAAAUAUCUGUGGUUUCAAAUUGAAAAAUGUAA